GAAAAAUGAGUGGAUAACAAAACAACUGAAUCUGUUUGCUUGAGUUGAAGCAUCAAGAGACAGAACAGAAAUGGCUUCUUCUUCUUCCAUCUCCUUCUCAUGCGCACCUUCACUCUUCUCCAUCAAACCCAUCACCUCUUCUUCUUCUUUCCCAAAGCAGCUCUCCUCUCGAUUCCUAGGAACCCGAAACUUAAAGAUUCGAAUCCGACCCAACAGACUCGGACCCUCCAACGGUUCAAGAACCACCUGCUGGUUCAAGUUUGGCAAGAACGGCGUCGAUGCUGAAAGUGCCGGAAUCUAUGGUAGUCAAACACGCGAUGACUUCGACAAAGACGACGUUGAACAGUACUUCAAUUACAUGGGGAUGCUUGCGGUAGAAGGUACAUAUUCAAAGAUGGAAGCUCUUCUUAACCUAAACAUUCAUCCAGUCGAUAUCCUAUUGAUGUUGGCAGCCACGGAAGGUGACAAACCUAAGAUCGAGGAGCUGCUUAGAGCUGGUGCUAGCUACUCGGUCAAGGAUGCUGAUGGAAGAACCGCUAUAGACAGAGCUAAUAGUGAAGAGAUUCGUGACUUGAUCCUUGGCUACUCCACUCAGAAGGCUUGAAUGUUCCUGAGUUUUUUAAAGAAAUGUUGUGCUAGAACAAACUGUCUUUAUGAGUUCCCCGGAUGAGUAGGUUAUAAAAUCCAUCUUCUUUUGCUUCCUU